AUGACAUCGAAAACUAAUUAUGAAUACAUUAUCUUGAAAAAAGAAGCUCAUCGUGAAUUUCGUCGUUUGUAUCAUUUAGAAGAAAAACGUCGUCAACAAUUAUUAGUUCGUCAUGAAUUUGAAAUUGAUGAACAACGACAAGAAUUUCGUCGUAAACGUGAAGAAUUAAUGAGAAAAUAUGAUGGUGAAUUGCAAGCAAUGGAACAAAAACAUAAUAUUGAAAUUGAACGUGAAAAUAUUCUAUUAACAAAUGAAUAUAAUAAAAAAAUCAAACAACUCAAAACUGAUCAAGAAAAAGAAUUUAAACAAUUUCGUGAACAACUUCGAGAACAAAUCAAACAAAUCAAACGUGAAUAUGAUUCACCAACAUCAACAUAUCACAAUUCACAAACAUUGAAAGAUCGAAAAGAACAUUUAAAACGAUAUUUAACUGAAAAAGAAGAUGAAUCAUAUGUACGUGAAAAAGAAUUUCUUGAUAAUCAACAACAAAUAUAUGAUAAUCAAUUGAAAACAAUUGAAAAUUAUUAUGCAAAACGUAUAGAAAUGUUUGAAAAACAAUUUCAAAUAAAAAAACAAAGUCUAUUAAAACUAAAUGAACAAGAAUUAUGGGAUAUUGAUGAAUUAGAAUUACGUUCACGUUAUGAUCUUUUACGUAAACAAACAAAAUCUUUUUACGCAUUAUUUCGUACAAUGUUAACACAACAAUCAGAAAAAGAAUUACAACAAUUAGAUGAACAAAUACGUUUUGAACGUAAUACACUGGAAGCACGUCUUACAGAUGAUAAAAGAGAAUGGCCAAAACUAUGGAAAAAAAUGCAAAAAACACGAACGAAACAAUUUCGACAACAAUUAAUUAUGAAUAAAACAUCAUCUGAAGAAGAAAAGAAACUUAUUAAAAAGUUUGAAACUGAUGAAUAUGAACGUUAUCGAAUUCAUGAAGAACGUUUAAAAGAAAAACAUUAUCAAUUAAUAGAAAAUCUUCAUAGUAAACAUCAAGCAACAAGAAAUGAAUUAUUAUUUGUUCAACGACAAAAAUUAGAACAAUGUAUUGAAUAUGAAACACGUAAAUUACAAGAACUUCAAUCAACAUUUGAAAGUGAUUGGAUGGAAUUUCGUAAUACUCAAAAAACUCGAAAAUUAGUAAGAUAUAUAUUUGUUUUGUAUAAUUAAAGAAAAAUAUUUUCUUUUCUACAUAAAUUCAUCCAGAUUGAUCAGUUUCAUAUAAAAUCACCUCUUAGUUUACCAUUAAUAAUACCUAAGCAGAAUGAUAAACUAUAUUCUCCAACUAUACUGAAUGAUAGACAUUGUCAGAUAUAUAUCUACGAUACGAAUCAAGUAUUUUCUAAUACAUUAUUGGAUCCAAAUUUUUCUUCAAUGAAACAACAAACUCAAGUUAAUUAUUAAAAUGAUUCGAUCAUCAUUACAAUAAGUAUUUCAUCUUUGAGACAAACGAAUAGAUAAAUAGAUUUUUAACUAAUUAGUACUCAUCGCUAUUUUUUAUUAAUGACUGGUGAUUGGUUUAUAUAUUGAUUAAUAUUGGUUCUUUUUUUUAUACUUUAUCUUUCUGUAGCAAUCUAUAUCUCUUCCAUAU